GUCCACUGGCAUCAUUAUAUAGUUGAAUUUGCAUACAUUCACAUUUUCAUCAUGAAGUUUAAGGGAGGAAAUUAUUUUAAUAUUGUUCUAGUUUUACUCAAUUUUCUACAAUUAUCGUUAACUGACGACGCUACUCUAGCAAGCAGAACUCUAAGACAAACUGCGUUUUGCCCAUCAAACUCUCAAUGUGUUCCAAUAUCUUCUUGCCCAAUUCUUCGAGAUGUUCUUAACAGCGAGUGUGUAAUAAGUAGCAGGAUCGGAAAAUUAGGUUGUGGUUUUCAAGGAUCGGGUUUAGUUUGUUGCCCAUCUUACGACGAUUCAAAUAAUAACAUUGCUCAAGAUAGAAGAGACAAAGCAAACACCAAAUGUGGUCAAUCAUCUAUUCAGGGAGAAUACAAUUACGAUGGAAUUGGAGCUUAUCCUUUUGUUGCUCGGGUGGGAUUUAGAAAUUCAAUAAACGGAGAAAUAAAAUAUCCUUGUACGGGAUCGAUUAUAAGUAACAGAGUGAUUUUAACAGCAGCUCAUUGUGCUUUAGCGAAAGCAACAAAUUUCAAAUUAUACAGUGUUCGCGUAGGUGAAUAUUUAACGAACACCGAUAUCGAUUGUGGCGAAGAAUUUUGUGGUUUACCGGCGAAAGAUGUCGGAAUAAGCCACGUAGUUGUCCAUCCAGGAUAUCAAAAGGACACCUAUCAACACAACAUUGCCCUUUUAGUUUUGAGACAAAACCUUAACUAUACGGUUACCACACAACCGAUAUGCUUACCGGAAACAUGGUUAGAACCUACCAACAAUAACGUUUUAGUUGGAUGGGGAAAAGCAGCCGGACAACGUGAUACUCCACCUAGACAACAAUCCAUAAGAGUGCCAAUAGUUAACUUACAGCAAUGUAAAAACGUUUAUGGGAAUACUUUACCGAUAUCGGACGAUCAAUUAUGUGCUGGAGGAGAUGCGGGAAAGGACGCUUGUAGCGGUUUCGGAGGUGCUCCCUUGCUAACGAGAUCAGGAGAUAGCCAUUACCAGGUCGGAAUUCUCUCGUUUGGUUCCGAUCAGUGUGGAGCUCCUGGAGUACCGAGUGUUUACGUAGAUGUUAGAAAAUAUUCUCAAUGGAUAAAAGAAAAUAUUCCACUUUCUUAUAAUUGAUUUUUUUUAAACACUUUGAUAUUUAAGAAUAUUUAGGAAUUUAGAAAUAAAUAAAAAAAACGUUUUUAUUCUAAUAAAUUUAUUAUUAAUUUUAAAGUACUAUUAAAAGGAUCAAAUUUAAUGCGUCUUAUUAACUAUAUUAAAUGACUGCCUUUUUAUUUAUGUACAAUUAAUUAUAUCAACAAGAACUAUAGCAACAUGAGAAUGAUAGAAAUAAUGGUAUUAUUUGAAAGGUGUUCUUAUUCCGUGGAAAUUUCAAGGACAUCAUGGUGCUUUAGAAAAAUACGAGAUCCGCACCUCUUAUAAUGAAUAGUUUACCCCAGAAGUGGGAGCACAAGACGAAAGUAUCACAAUGUACAUGAAAAAUAAAACGAAUAUUGAGAAAAGGCAACUUUUAUCCUUCUAUUUCUUUGUAUCAAGUAACUUUUUAACAAGAUUUUCAUCUCAAUAGUGUCUAAUACCACCCUUAAAAAUUUAAUUUUUUUAAUUUAUAAUAUAUUUUUAAUCUCUCGUAUCAUUUGUUUUUCGUAUUAUGACGAAAAACUUACUUAAAUCACUUCCUGCGUUUUUCUUUAUAACAAGUUUAUCACUUCUUUUUUUUUAACAACGACCAAAGGUUUAAUAACAACGAAAUUUCGAAACGUUACUUAAAAAGUUUUAAACUCCGGCCUUGUUAGAAAUCUUUUCAAGUACAUUUUUAAACUUCGUCGAUUAGCAUCUUUGGUCUAUACAACAUUUAGUUGGACCCAAGUUUUUAGAGCAACAUCAAAAGGAUAAAUAAUUUUGUUUUGUAUAUAUUUUCUUUUGGGAAAAUAAAGUGAAUAAGAAACGACAAAAGUGAUUUCGUAUAAGAAGAUAAAAUGUAAGCGAAAUGUUUUAGAACCUCAAAAUGUUUAAUAAUUAUAAUUAAUUUUAUGAUUUUUUUUUGUUGUUGAUAAUAACGUUUCUAUUCUAAUUCAGUACUACGAAUAAAUUACUUUUUUAAAUA